GCGACGCCCGUUCGGUUCAGUCACGCACGUCAGCCAGUCGGGUAGCGAUCUCUCUUGCGAACCGUACGCGCGGCGCACACGUGCCCGUACAGUAAACCACGCCGCUCUGCUCUCGGUGCCUUUGCCCGCUUCCCAUAUUAUGUAAUACAAAAAUAAACUGCGACUCUUAGUAAGCGAGCACGUGUGCGCACCGGCUGUCGUACGUCGCCGUCCAUCCAUCCAACAUUCAACCGACUAUCGAGCAUCAAUCGUUCUCAACUCUAUCUACAAAACCACAUCGCAUCAAUUACCCGACGAUUCGCUAGAGAUUCUCAAUUAGCUCAGUUGAGUGCAUCGUAAUCUGUACCUGUGAAUUAUUCGGAUCUUUUAUUCGGCUUAGUGGUGUUUUUUGUGUUGUGUGUAAUCAAGUGAAAUGUCCAACUCUUUGGAGCAACAGUUUGGCGAGCUUAGUCUGUCGCAAGACGAGCAUGAUCAAAUGUACGAACAGGAAGAUCACCAGGACAGCCGGUCGUCAAAAGUGCUGAUCAGUGGGCUGCCCCUGCACGUUCGGUUCGACAACAUCGAGCCACUGCUCUUACAGUACGGCAACGUGCAGCACUGCGACAAAGCCAUCUCGCGCGAUGCGAACACCCAAGCGGUGUACAUCACCUUUGAAACCCCUGAACAGGCACAGCAGGCUAUUAAUCUCUUGAACGGAUUCGAGCUGGAGGGCAGCCGGAUGAAGGUGGAGCCGGCCGAGGGGCCCGCGCGGGGCGGAAGGCGCGGCAGGCCCGGUGGCGGCCGCGGCGGCGGCGUGCCAGGCACCGGCUCGCGUCCUACCGAUUUCCCGCUGCGUCUGUUGGUGCAGAGCGACAUGGUGGGCGCCAUCAUUGGCCGCCAGGGCAGUACCAUUCGCCUCAUCACACAGCAGAGCCGCGCCCGCGUCGAUGUGCACCGCAAGGAUAACGUCGGCUCCUCGGAGAAGGCGAUUACUAUCUACGGCAACCCAGAGAACUGCACAAAUGCAUGCAAGCGCAUUCUCGAAGUAAUGCAGCAGGAGGCCAACAACACUAAUAAGGGUGAGAUAUGCCUGAAGAUUCUUGCGCAUAACAACUUGAUUGGCCGCAUCAUUGGCAAAGGCGGCAACACAAUCAAGCGCAUCAUGCAAGAGACUGACACCAAGAUCACUGUGUCGUCCAUUAACGACAUCAACAGCUUCAACCUGGAGCGCAUCAUCACCGUCAAGGGCACCAUCGAGAACAUGGCUAAGGCCGAGUCGCAGAUUUCUGCUAAGCUGCGUCAAAGUUACGAGAAUGAUCUGCAGGUGCUGGCACCGCAGAGCAUAAUGUUCCCUGGGCUGCAUCCUAUGGCGAUGAUGUCGACGCGCGGCUAUUGCGGCGCACCACCGCCGUUCCCGCCUCCGAUCUACGCUCCGCUUUCCGGCCAGGGCGGUGCGCAGCAAGGCGCCGGCGACUCGCAGGAAACCACAUAUCUGUACAUCCCAAAUAACGCGGUAGGCGCGAUCAUCGGCACUAAGGGCUCGCACAUUCGCAACAUAAUUCGCUUCAGCAAUGCGUCCGUGAAAAUCGCACCCUUGGAGCAGGACAAGGGCGAAGGCGCUGGCGCUGGUGCAGGUGCGGGUGCCGCCGCCGCUCAACAGGAGAGGAAGGUCACCAUUGUUGGCAGCCCAGAGGCGCAGUGGAAGGCGCAGUACCUGAUUUUCGAGAAGAUGCGCGAGGAGGGUUUCAUGUCCGGCUCGGACGACGUGCGGCUGACAGUGGAAAUCGUGGUGGCUUCGUCGCAGGUGGGGCGCAUCAUCGGCAAGGGUGGACAGAACGUGCGCGAGCUGCAGCGCGUCACCGGCUCGCUGAUCAAGCUGCCGGAGCAGCCGCAGCCAGCCAACGCGGCGCACGACCACGAGACCACCGUGCACAUCGUCGGACCCUUCUACAGCGUGCAGUCGGCGCAGCGCCGCAUCCGCGCGAUGGUGGCGCAAGCGAGCGCGCCGGGCCGCCACCGCCGCGCCGCUCAGCCGCCGCCACAGUAGACGCCCGCCAGCCCGCACACUCGCCGGGGACCGCCGUAUCCGUUGUAGCGCCGACCCCACGCUCAGCACGCGCUCCUCGCGCAACCCCUCCCUUCACACGUUGCAGGAUAACCUAUGCAGUGAUUGCGGAUGGAUUGUAUUCAACUAUUUUCAAUAGCACCCUCCAUAACCAGUAGUGUUUCGCCUAUCUUAAAAGCAUAUGCAUGUUAUCAAUGGUUUCAAUGCACUCUCAAUCAAUUGACCCGUCUCAUACAAUUUCACACGAAUUCUCAAUUGGGUUUAUAUACUGGUUAUUGGUAGGUGUGAAUUUGUGUUAAUGAUUGGUAACUAUAAAAUGUAUCUAUAAUUUAUUUAUAACCUAUCUAUUGGAGUAUCUUAAGUAAUUAAAGAUAGAUAUUAUAGACCAGUCUUUUACCAAACUUUGUAAUUCAAUCUAUUUACAAUUAUCCAUAAGUCAAUAAUAUUUCCAAUGUUGGCCAGUUAUGUUGAUUGUAUUGAUUGUUAGAUAGAUUGAAUAAAAAGAUUGGUAUUUGCUUAGUUUUCACAUAUGCACCAACUCAAUUUGAUUAUGAAUUAUUUUGAUGUAUUAACUUCUAAGGUUAAUAUUUAACAUUAUUCAUAAGCAGAAUGGGUUGAUGUCAAAGUUGGAACUGAGUUUACGUGUAAUCAUUUGGUAUUAUAAAUACACGAAAGUGUACAAAUUUAUUUAAAACGGUUGAUGUGAAGUAUUUCCUCAGACUUGAGAACAGUAUUGUAUAAAUUUCAUCUUUUUUUUAGUUGCAAUGUAUACUUGGAAAAUUACAUAACUCUGUUUCAACCACAAUUUCGAAUAUAUUCGGGAUUAAAAAAUCGAUCACUGCGAAGGUUCUAGUUAUUUGGCGCGCAGUAUAACAAGUUGCCACCUCCAAUACAUGUUCGUGGUUUGCUAGAAUUGUCUAGUGCGAUUAUUAAUUGUCGCGGAACCGACCAGAAUUGAAAUUGUUAGAAUUUUCAUACCUACCUUACGCGCUGACGCGCUUUUCAGCUGUUGAACGCACCGGCUCGACUUGCAUUUAUAAAGCUUUCAGAUAUAAACAGAUGUUAUUCUAAGUGUAGAAUAUAAUUGUAUAGGUAUCUUGCGUAAAAUCUAGUUAGGAUUAAAAAUCGCACGUAACUUCGGAUACGUCGGCCCUACUAAUAACUUUUUAAUAUCGUAAAGCUAUGUCCCUACCGUGUUGAUAUUUUUGUAUUCGCCUAUGCGUCUCAAACGCCGGUGGGGACACACCUUUACAUUAUAUGUCUAUAUUAUACAUAUAUCUGUUUAGAAGUUGUGAAUUCUAUAACUGACGAUAUUAAGACCGGAGCGCGCGCUUGUAAAUAGCAAGGAGUCCUCUCGCUCGUUGUUGAUCGAUGUAUUAACUAUUAAACUAGUAGUAAAUAAAUAUUAAUCUUUCCGCAAUUAUACAUGUUGAAGACUAUUAUAUAUAACUAUAUAUACUUUUCAUAUACAAUUAUUUUUCAUAUAAACAGUUGACCCAAUGAGAUAUAUAAUUGUUAGAUUGUUUUCUUACCGUUAAUAUAUAUAUAUCCGAUGGUUACAUUGCAAUAGUUAUCCAUAUUAAGUUCUUAUACAAGUGUUAAGUAGACAAUGCAAUUAUACAGACGUGUAUUUUGUUUCGUUAUUGAGAUAGAUUAAUCUGUUACAUAAGAUACAUACGGUGUGUGGGUUUUAACAACUCGGGAUGGAUUAGUUGCAUUACUGAGGCUCGUUAAUGGAUUAUGGCGAUGAUGCUCUACUGUUUUCGCUUUACCUGGACCUGAAGGCCUGCCGCGGCCCUCGGCCCGCGCCGACGGCCGCGCCCGCCACAUUAUACGUUCCACACGAUAUUGGUAUUGUUAAUACCGUCUAGUGAUUGUUGGACGUUGACUGCUGGUUUACGAUUAAUUUGUAAGUGACAUUUGUUGAUCGUUUUCUUUAUAAUUUUGUUAGCUUUAUAACGGUUUUUUUUGUGUCGUCGCGUUUCUAGGGUACUCGCCCGCGCCGCGCGCUUGCAGCUGUUAUUUGAUACUAGUGUUUGCGAUUUGACCGCGAAUUAACGAUUCCUCGAAUGAUAAGUCAACAUGAGAAGCGAGUUUCACUCAAGUACCGAUUCCCACCCAACAACCGCCAAUUGGGCGAUAAAAGAAAUAAAAGACGCGUUUGGAACGCGCGACUCGACCGCUGCAGGCGCGCCGCGGCCCGCCGGCGAGCGAGCGCGGCGCCGCUUGAUGCGAGUGUAGUAUUUGUGUUAUUAUUGUGCCAAGGGAGAUAUAUUGUGAGAUUAAGAUUUAAGUGAAUGAUAUCAAAAUUGGAAAGCUUAGAUGUUUAUAUUUAUGAAUGUGAUAAUAAUAUAUGGAAGUUGUGGAACUGGAUGUUUCACGUGCUAGUUUCGAUCUUGUCAUCUUAUGUAAGUUAGUGUAUAUUAGUUAGGUGGCAGCAAGCUCCGAACACAAAAACCAGCUAUCCGAGUAGUUACAGGACUUGCCCGCUCCACUACACCUACUUGUGGCGUUUGCGUUUCACAGAGUCUCUUUGUAUUCCUAUACAAUAAGGAAAACAUACCAAUUUUAUUUUUUUAUAAUAUUAUUACAUAAAUAAAUAGCUUAUUCUAGAAAUAAACUAUUUAUGUUAGUAGUUCUUAUUUUGAUUAUUUAAUGUUCAAUUUAUCAUAAUAUAUUUAAUGAGUAUCUCUGUGAAAUGUAAAAAUCACUCUGAAGCGCCGAUCUCGCUGUAUCAAACCACUUCCAGAUAUUAUUAAUAAAUCUCGCAAUUGGACUUCGAAAAUUACCGUUGCACUGCGCUUGGGUAAUAAAGUGGGAUUGAACAAUUUGUAAUCGAACAUAUUUAAAUAAUUGCAAAAUAAACUCGAUGUGACUGAGAGAUAAAUAUUUCAGUUCAAUUAUUGUAUAAAGUGUAUCGCAUCCCACUGUGUUCCCAGGCGCGGCAGUGCUAUGUAAAAACGUGAUCGAUCAGUUUGUCAGUCACAACUCAAACCGGACAUGUUGACGGAAGGCGCGCGCCUGCUCACAACAACUUGUACUUACAUACUAGUACAAAUCCACUUCUCGGCGAUUAUGUACGCCCUCUUAGUGCCGGUCAACGUUGCUAUGUAUACCCUGUACGAAAAGAACAUCCAAAUCAUGAUAAUUAUGCAGUUUAUUUGUCAUAUUAUAUUCUGCGUUGAUCGAACGCAAUGUUGUCUAUAAAUUAAACUUAACUACGCAAACUUAUUGAUCUAUAAAACUUUGCACACUUGUUUGAAGUAGAUAUUAGCUAUGAAAUAAUAAUAAUUUUGUAUGUAUUACAUUAUCAGUGAAAUUUAUAUAAAAUUUGAAAUAGCAUCCAAAUCAUGAUGAAUAUGAUGUUUAUUUGUUAUAUUUUCCGUGUUGAUCGAACGCAAUGUUGACAUAAAAUAAAAUGAAAUGAAAUGAAAUCAAAACUAAUGAAAUGAAAGAUAAUGACUACCCAUGAUAUUGAUCAAAAAAAUCUUCGCACACUUGUUUGAAUUAUUUGAAUUAGACUUUGCUAUGUAAUAUAAUAUUUUUUUGUAUGUACUACAUUAUGAAUGAAAUUUAUAUAAAAUCGGAAUUGGAUAAAGAUCGGUACAAAUCAUAAAUUAUGCAACGCGUUGCCCGUCAAUUCUUUUUUUAUGAUUUUUGCUUUUACUACAUUACUACAUUAAAUUGCGUAUGCGCGGGCACGCGUUGUGGAAUAACGAAUAUAAGUUGUAAGAAGGGGGUGGCCGUCAGUUCUUAUUGGAAGUCCCGGCGAGCUUAUGGUGAUAAGCUUUGGUCGUUUGACGCGCGCAUUCCCUUCUGUGAUGUGCACGUUUUGAUGAGAUUCUGUUUGAUUUCGCUGGCUCAUUCAUCAUAUAAAUUUAAUAUCAAUCAUCAAAGUUUAUUUCUAUGGAACAAAAUUAUGGUAUGACUAUUAAAUAUUCAUUUAAAUCAUUUUUCGUAAUCGAGUACUUGGUACACGCCUAUUUUUUAAUUAUUUCAAAUGAUCAACUAAGCUUUGUUGUGAUCCCUAUAUGGCAAAUCAACGGAACAAGUAUAUGUUCCAAAUAUUGACAAUAAAGUAUAUUUUAAAUGGUUUGUAUAAAGUUGCGACAAUACACUGUGUAAUGGACUCCCGAGUUUGAUUCUGACGAGCCAGCGCUUUCACGCCGGUCAAAAUUAUUGUAACUACGUUCCAUACAACAUGUAUUCGUUUUUCCUCCUUUAGUAUUAGUACAAAGAUGCGUACUUAAAUUAUAACAACAGUGUUCCGUUUGGCCGAAAUGUCGGCUCAAUACUUGACACACAUUCCAUAAUGUAUUUUUAUAUUCGUCAUGGCGUCACUAACCCCGAGGGGGGAUAGUGCGUCGUCAGCGGGCAGGACCCAAACUGCACCACUUAAACAAUAUGGGACACAUAGCCUCCAGACCCGAAACGUUCACACAUUUAAUUAUUAUCAGCACUAGCGCUAAAGCCGCGAUAUAGUUUUUUCAACCACCGAAUGCGAUUUCGCAGGGUGUUUUUAAUUUUAUUUUAGUGAUUUGGUGAGUUUUCGUUUAUCGAGGCAUGAGGUUAUGUAGGCGUACAAGCGGCGGCGAAAUGCGCGCCGCCAGCGCCGCCCCGAGGCGUGGGGCGCGCGGUGCGCCAGCGCAUUCCGCCGCCGCGCGGUAUGACCAAUCGAGAUGACGCAAACAAUGAGAAGCAGUUAGGACUGAGCGCGGAGCCAGCCGCGCGGCAGGACAAGUGUACAUAUAGGCGUGUGGUUAUUCCUUCCAAGUAAAGCAGGAGUCGUAAUGCUAGCCUCAUUAUGAUUUGUUCGUUUAGCAAGCAGAAAUGAAUAGUUUUUAGUUUAUUGUAUCGUUGUGAAGUAGUGUUAAGUUGUGGCGGGCGCGGGCGGGCGGCCCGAGACUGAACUACACCUGCCGCCCGGCUCGCGCUCCGCCAGUCCUAUCCCCCCCCCCCCCCCCCUCCUUUUCCUUACCCUUUAUAUCCUUAAUACCCUUUACACCCUUUACCCUUACAUGUCAUUUUCCCUAAUUACUUUAUCGUUCUUGUUUGGUUGAUUGUACUGUUACAUUAAUUAUACUUUAAUUUGUAAUGUGUGUAAUCAAUUUUGUGUAUUUGGCGUGUGAUCGAAUGGUUUUCGAUUUGAUUGUGCGUGCUUGAUCAGGCGUAUUCCGAGUGAUGCACGCGUCACGGAUGGCAUGUAAUAUGUGUAAUAUUGAAUAAUAAAUAAAUGUUUACGGUAUGUAUUAGUUGGCGCGCGGCGUCGUGAUGCUUCUCAUAUCGUUAGGUCGCAGGUACAACAUGUAAGUUUGUUUACGUUCACGUUCACGACAAUUCACAUGUACCACACAAAUUUUCUUUUCUGUUAUUUUAGAGCCAUUUUUGUAAUUGGUAUAAGUUCUGAAACUAAUAACUACCUCAAUAUUACUAAAUGAAUAUGAUAAUUAUCUUUGUGCAUGUUUUUGGGAACUGAAUUUAAACUGAAAUUUCAAUAUAGUAUAAGAAUGCUAUUUUCACCGUAACGGAAAAUAUUGUCAAAUUUAGGUUUCUUAAUGUAAUAAAACGAUGAAAAUUA